CACGAGCGGUAUAAAAUCCACGUGACACGCCUGCCUGAUGCGAGUCAGUUAGAGGGCGGUGAGGGUAUUUGAGCAUCAAUUGUCUGUCAAAGACCGCCGUUAUACAGCUGAUAUAUUGCUGAUUCGUGUUGUCGCCGUUUCGCAGCAUCUGACAAUUUAGUGAGAGAUGAAGCUCCUGUUCAUGGUUGUCCUAGUGAUGUGCAUCAGUUUGACAGCAUCCCAGAAAAAGAAAGGCAAAGACAUGUUGUCUGGAAAGAAGAUUUGCAAAAAAGAUGUCUUGUUCCUGCUGUCUGUUGUACGUCUGUGCAAGUUGUAUAGACAAUCGCUCACGAUUCGUACAAAACAAUGGUCCAGUUUAUACAAAUACUUACAAUAUGCACUGAAAGUAUCAGCCCCGAAAAAGAAACCCAAAAAAGGAAAGGGACAGAAAAAGCAAACUCGCAAAUAUCUGGACGAGGACAUCAUUCUAGACGAUGGAGACGUCAUUGGCCUCAUUAAUGACGCUGAUUCUAGUAGCUUCGAGGAUUUUGACGGCUUUGACAAUGAAGACGAAGAGAAGUCUGAAGCCGACCCCCCGCCUAGACCAUCGGACACGGAGGCCGAAAUCCGGGGACUACGUCGCUAUCUAAAACUGUCUCGAUCCACCAGACGGGAACGUGCUGCAAAACCCAAGAGGAAACCACCACCACCGUCCACUCAAACAUGAAAGCUUUGGGAAGGUCUGUUCCUACAUGGCGAGGCUGCUGUUAUUAGGGUGAAGGAAGUAUUUGGUGAAAAAAAAAUCAAUAAAACUGACACGAA